AUGACAUUGACAAUUGAUAAUGCUUCGUCAAAUGAUACUGUCAUUGCUUAUUUGAAAAAAUGUUUUAAGAAUGGGUUGGUGUUAAAUGGUGAGUUCUUGCAUGUUAGAUGUUGUGCACAUAUAUUGAACUUAAUUGUACGCGAUGACCUAAAAGAUAUUAAUGAUUCAUUGGUUCGAAUUCGAGAUGCUGUGAGGUUUGUUAGAUCUUCUCCUGCUAGACUUGUCACAUUUAAGAAGUGUAUCACAGAGGAGAACAUAGAUAGUAAAAGUAUGUUGUGUCUUGAUGUUCCAAUUAGAUGGAAUUCUACCUAUUUGAUGCUUGAGGCCGUCGUAAAAUUUGAAAAGGUAUUUGAGAGGUUAAAAGACUACGACACAGUCUACAUGAAUGAGGAGGAAAAACCAACCACUAGGGAUUGGGAAAUUGCAAGAAUAUUUACCAAAUUCUUGUCAGUGUUCUAUGAAGUAACUAUUAGGCUUUCAAGGUCUUUGUAUGUUACUUCCAAUACAGUCUUCCAUGAGAUUAGUAUUGUUCAGAAUUGCAUCAGAAAAUAUUCAAGUGCAACUGGUCCUAAUGAUGUGUUUUGCAAGAAUUGGCAAUGA